GAGCAAUGCAGGUCGACAAUUGCAUCUCGCCAGCGAGUGAUCUCUCCAAGAAAUUUAUGAAUGUGGGCAGUGGCUUUCCGAGCGCCGGCGGACCAGAGCUCUCGCUGCAGGACCAUCCUAUUAUAUCUGCAAGUGACAACCUGGAGAGAAGUUCACCCCUGAAAAAAAACUCCAGGGAGAUGACGAAUCAGUCAGAGGCAGACAAUUUUCCCGACUCCAAGGACGCAUCGGGGGACGUCCAGAGGGGCAAACUCUCUCCUGAUCUUCACGGAGUCUCUGACAUCCGUCACAAUUUCGAUGGAUCUGCAGGAGAAAGGUGCAUCUUCUCUCCGUCUGCCCAACAACCUCAGUCAGUCUCAGCAGCUCCCGGUGCCAUGUUCCCGUACUCGAGCCAGCAUGGACCCGCGCACCCGGCGUUUUCUAUCGGGAGUCCGAGCCGCUAUAUGGCCCAUCACCCGGUCAUAACGAAUGGAGCUUACAACAGCCUUCUGACCAACACUUCUCCUCAGGGCUACCCGGCCGCGGGCUACCCUUACGCACAGCAGUACGGACACACUUACCAAGGAGGGGCUUUUUACCAGUUCUCCUCGGCGCAAGCGGGACUGGUUCCGGGGAAGGCGCAGGUGUACCUGUGCAACAGGGCCCUGUGGCUGAAGUUCCACAGGCACCAGACAGAGAUGAUCAUCACGAAGCAAGGACGACGAAUGUUCCCGUUUUUAAGCUUCAACAUCUCCGGCCUCGACCCGACUGCUCACUAUAAUAUAUUUGUGGAUGUAAUACUUGCUGAUCCAAAUCACUGGCGAUUUCAAGGAGGGAAGUGGGUGCCGUGUGGAAAAGCAGACACAAAUGUAACAGGAAAUAGGGUUUACAUGCACCCGGACUCCCCGAACACCGGUGCGCACUGGAUGCGUCAGGAAAUAUCAUUUGGGAAACUGAAGCUCACAAACAAUAAAGGUGCAUCGAACAACACGGGGCAGAUGGUGGUUCUCCAGUCGCUCCACAAGUACCAGCCCAGGCUCCAUGUGGUGGAAGUGAACGAGGACGGGACAGAGGACACGAGCCAACCGGGACGAGUCCAGACGUUCACCUUCACGGAGACGCAGUUCAUCGCCGUCACAGCUUACCAGAACACCGACAUUACGCAACUGAAAAUCGACCACAAUCCCUUUGCCAAAGGAUUUCGGGACAACUAUGACACUGUCUACACAGGCUGCGACAUUGACCGUCUCACUCCAUCGCCCGGUGACUCUCCGCGCGCACAGAUCGUGCCGGGUGCGAGAUACGCCAUGCACAGCUCUUUCCUGCAGGACCAAUUUGUCAGCACUUAUGCCAAGUCUCGCUUUCACCCUGGCGUGGGGACCGGCCCUGGCACCGAGCGCAGCGUCCCACUCGGCAACAGCUUGCUGUCCCCGCAGCAAAGCGACGAGCCCACUGUGGCCACCCCCCCGCAGCGAUGGUUUGUCACCCCUGCCAACAACCGACUGGACUUUGCGGCCUCGGCAUACGACGCCGCUGAUUUCGCCGGUAACGCCGCCACCUUGCUGUCCUACGCGGCGGCCGGAGUGAAGGCUCUCCCCCUGCCGACUGCGGGCUGCUCCAACCGGCCGCUCGGCUAUUACGCGGACCCGUCCGGCUGGGGAGGGCGCACGCCGCCGCAGUACUGUGGCGUGAGCAGCAAACCCAGCUCGGUGUUCUCCUGCUGGCCCGCCAACUCCAUCGGUGGCAGAGCGGGCGCCAACUACCUGGCCGAGGAGGGCGACGCCAUCCCGACGGAGAGGUCACCCAUCGGCGGGUCGGACGAGGCCAAACCCAAAGACAUGACAUCCGAGUCGAGCUGGAUAGAGACGCCGUCCUCCAUCAAGUCCAUCGACUCCAGCGACUCUGGGAUCUUCGAACAGGCCAAGAGGAGACGGAUCUCUCCCUCUGCCACGCCGGUUUCAGAGACAGUGUCCACGUUAAAAUCUGAGCUGCUGGCACCGAGGGAGUGUGAGAAGAACUGCUCAAAGGACAUUGGAGACGAUGGAGACACCGGGGGACCAAGGCGCACAGAUCGAGCCGCUGCUGCCACCGAAUGGACACGGAGAAAGCUCAUGCAUUCUGAAAACGCGGAGGCUCCCUGGCUCUUCAAAUACCAGAGAAACGACGAUGAGGCGGUGGUGGACAGAGGCGGAGCACGGUCCCAGCAGGGAACUAACUUUGAGCAGGAAGAUCUCGAAGGCCACAGGACUCUCUACAUCGGGGUCCAUGUCCCAUUGGGCAGUACCAGGCACCGCAGCCAUCGCAGGCACCGUCACCAUGGGAACAAGCACAGGAGGAGGAGCAGGGACCGGGCCCUCACCUUGGUUGAGGGCACAGAGUCUGCUCUUUAUGACACUCCGUCCCAGAGAGUGCAGUUCCUGCUGGGUACUGAGGAUGAUGACGAGGAGCAUAUCCCUCAUGACCUCUUCACCGAGAUGGAUGAGAUCUGUUUGAGGGAUGGAGAGGAUUCUGAUUGGAGGGAAAGUGCCAGGUGGCUGAAGUUUGAGGAGGAUGUUGAGGACGGAGGAGAGCGAUGGAGUAAACCCUACGUGGCCACUCUGUCUCUACACAGUCUGUUUGAGCUGCGGAGCUGCAUCAUCAACAGCACUGUGCUGCUCGACAUGAGGGCCAAUACCAUCGAAGAGAUUGCAGACAUGGUCUUGGACCACCAGGAGUUAUACUCACCACUGGGCGAUGAGCUCAGGAAGAAGGUGCGGGAAACGCUGUUGAAGCAGCACCAUCACCAGAACCAUAAGAAACUGGCUAACCGCCUACCAAUAGUGCGCUCCAUUGCUGACAUGGGCCGACGGACGUCGGAGCUCCACCUGGACAAGAACGGUCAGAUGUCGUCCUCUCAGUCUCACUUAGCGGGUCCAGAGGGGAAAAUGGAUGGCACUAGAGAGAACAGCUCUGUGGACUUCAGCAAGAUAGACCUUCAUUUCAUGAAGAAGAUCCCGGCGGGUGCUGAAGCCUGCAACGUGUUAGUGGGAGAGCUGGAAUUUCUGAACAAACCCGUGGUGGCGUUCGUUCGCCUUUCACCAGCGGUUCUGCUCAACGGUCUGGCUGAAGUCCCCAUCACCACAAGGUUUCUGUUCAUUCUCUUGGGACCGUUGGGUAGAGGGCUUCAGUAUCACGAGAUUGGAAGGUCCAUUGCAACACUCAUGACAGACGAGGUUUUCCAUGAUGUCGCCUAUAAAGCUAAAGACCGGAAUGAUCUGAUCGCUGGGAUCGAUGAGUUCCUCGAUCAAGUGACAGUCCUGCCCCCAGGAGAGUGGGACCCGUCCAUACGGAUAGAGCCACCGAAAAAUGUACCGUCUCAGGAGAAGAGGAAGAAAAGUAACAUUUUGCCCAACGGUAUGGUUGAAGGUGAUGAGGAAGAGGAACUCGGUGGCCAUGGUGGUCCAGAGCUGCAACGCACAGGAAGGUGGUUUGGCGGCCUCUUCCUGGACAUCAAGCGAAAGGCACCCAGCUACCUGUCUGACUACACUGAUGCCUUCAGUUUGCAGUGUGUGGCCUCUUUCUUGUUCCUCUACUGUGCCUGCAUGUCCCCUGUCAUCACCUUCGGAGGACUACUGGGCGAGGCAACGGAAGGACGCAUAAGUGCAAUUGAGUCGCUGUUCGGAGCCUCGCUGACUGGAAUAGCCUAUUCCCUAUUUGCCGGGCAGCCCCUCACCAUUCUGGGCAGCACGGGGCCGGUGCUUGUAUUCGAAAAGAUACUGUUCAAAUUCUGCAAGGAGUACGGCUUAUCCUAUCUGUCACUGCGAACGUGUAUCGGUCUGUGGACGGCUUUCCUCUGUAUUUUGCUGGUGGCCACAGAUGCCAGUUCCCUCGUCUGUUACAUCACGCGGUUCACAGAGGAAGCCUUCGCCUCCCUCAUAUGCAUCAUCUUUAUCUACGAGGCCUUGGAGAAACUUUUCCACUUGGGUGAACACUUUCCCUUUAACAAGAACAACAACCUGGACAAACUGAGCAUGUACUCAUGUUCGUGUGUUGAGCCCUCUGACCCCACCAAUGGCACCCUGAAGUUCUGGGAGAAUAACAACAUCACUGCCUCAGAAAUCUACUGGGAGGCGUUGGAGGUUAAGGCCUGUAUUGAAAAGCAAGGCGAGUUUGUGGGCAGCGCCUGUGGCCCGCAUGGACCCUAUGUUCCUGACGUCCUCUUCUGGUGUGUCCUCCUCUUUUUUUCGACCGUCUUCAUGUCCGCCUUCCUUAAGGAGUUCAAGUUCAGCAAUUACUUCCCUACAAAGGUGAGGGCCAUCAUCAGUGACUUUGCUGUUUUCUUCACCAUCCUUACGAUGGUGUUAGUCGACUAUGCCUUAGGGAUUCCCUCCCCAAAGCUGAAGGUUCCCAGUGUGUUUAAGCCAACCAGGGAUGAUCGAGGUUGGUUCAUUAACCCGCUGGGGCCCAACCCCUGGUGGACGGCAGUCAUUACACUGUUCCCGGCUCUGCUUUGCACCAUCCUCAUUUUUAUGGACCAGCAGAUCACUGCUGUGAUCAUCAACAGGAAGGAGCACAAACUCAAGAAAGGCUGCGGGUACCACUUGGACCUGUUCAUGGUCGGUUUGAUGCUCGGUGUGUGCUCCCUGAUGGGUCUGCCGUGGUUCGUAGCAGCCACCGUCCUCUCCAUCUCCCACGUCAACAGCCUGAAGCUUGAGUCGGAGUGCUCGGCUCCCGGCGAGCAGCCCAAGUUCCUCGGCAUCAGAGAGCAACGCUUCACUGGCCUCAUGAUCUUCACCCUCAUGGGCUGCUCUGUCUUCAUGACAUCUGUGCUGAAGUUCAUUCCUAUGCCGGUGUUGUACGGAGUCUUCCUUUACAUGGGAGCAUCUUCUCUCCGAGGCAUUCAGUUCUUUGACCGCCUGAGACUGUUUGGUAUGCCAGCCAAGCACCAGCCAGACUUCAUCUAUCUGCGACACGUGCCCCUGAGGAAGGUGCACCUGUUCACCAUCAUCCAGCUCAGCUGUUUGGUUCUGCUCUGGGUCAUCAAGACCUCCAAGGCUGCCAUUGUGUUUCCUAUGAUGGUGUUAGCUCUCGUGUUCAUCAGGAAGCUGAUGGACUGUAUCUUCACAAAGCGAGAGCUGAGCUGGCUGGAUGACCUCAUGCCAGAGAGCAAGAAGAAGAAGCUCGAGGACACCGACGAGGAGGAGGAGGAGCAGAGCAUACUGGCAGAAGAUGAGGGAGUAGUGCAAGUGCCAUUAGAAGGGUACAAAGGAAUACCUGUCAUUAACAUCACAGAUGAAAUGUCAAAAGGUUCCUUUGGAAACACUUGGAAUGCCAACAGCUAAGACAUUUGAGAAGGAAUCGAGAUUUUCAGCACAUGUAGGUUUACCACACUAUUUCCCCACCGAAAUGAGAGAGCAACAUGAGAAACGCGAGGUGAAGAAGAUGAAGGAAAGCGUUGUGAGUCUUUAGUCACUGUCCCAUCUGUGUGUGAACUGUGUACUGCCGAUUAUAAAUCCGUCAAGUGUAAGUUUUGUAAAUCUACGUACGUGUUAUCUGAUGUGUCAAACAUAUUCUGCCUGUUCAUGAACCUGUGAAAAAUCUACUGUAUAAUUUUCUUGUGUAAUUUUUUCCAAAUUUAGACACUGUAUUGCUUCACUGAAUAUGAAAAGGUUGGUCUUGCUGAGAGAGGUUGGUGUUGUUUUAAAAUGUUUGUCAUAUACUUUAUAUUUUGAGAAACCACCGUACCACCAUAACCUUGGCUUCUUCAUCUAUCUAUGUAAUGAUUCCCUUUAAUUCUCAAAUCUUCAGGUUUUCUCUCGACAUUGAAUAUGAUGUGAAAUUAAAUAUGAAGAUCUCUAUAUCUUAUAAACCCAAGAUCACUAACCACAUAGAAGCUUUCUAAAAAGUCCUACAUAAUUGUGUACUAAAUCCAAUUGCAUUAAGAAGCCUGCAAAGUCUGAUGUGUGUUUAUGGGACCUUUUUGAUGACUGUGACUAGCAAGCCUAGAGAGAGCGAGCAUUUAGAAAAGGACAGUACACUGUACAUCCUUUCAGAACCAAAUACAAAAGUGCUUUUUGGGUAAAAUAUCUAUAGUCCAAUAUUUAUAUGAGAAAAUUAUUUAUCUAUAUUUAUUUUGUGGAAUAAAAGAAAUAUGUUUGCUGCAGAAUACAUUGUAGCCUAACAGUGAAUUACAGUAUUUUGCUUCCUGGUGUCAAUGUAUUGCUUAUUUUGUAAAUGAAAAUAUAUAUAAUCUCACUUUGUGUUUUAAAGUCGGUAUGAAGUUUGGUUUGUCCUAAAUUAAGACGCUUUUUCAUUAAAAUUACAUUGACUAUAUAUAUAUAGUCAAUGUAUUUUGGAUUUAAUAAAUUUAUAUGAC